AUGGGCAAUUGUUGCGUAAUCCCACUUACAAGCCACUCCAAAGAGAAGAAGAACAGGAAGAAGAGGAGCCUAUUUUCUGGUAAUUAUGGGAAUGGAGGCCACCAUAAGCUGGUUGUAUUGAAAGAGCCAACAGGUAAUGACAUUCACCAGAAGUAUGUGCUUGGUGGAGAGCUGGGAAGGGGAGAGUUUGGGAUCACACACCUGUGUACGGACAAGGAAAAUGGAGAAACAUUUGCUUGCAAGUCAAUCUCCAAAAAGAAGCUCCUGACAGCUGUAGAUAUAGAGGAUGUAAGAAGGGAAGUGGAGAUCAUGAAGCACUUGCCUGUGCAUCCCAACUUUGUGACUUUAAAAGAUACGUACGAGGAUGAUACUGAUGUGCAUUUGGUGAUGGAGCUGUGUGAAGGUGGUGAAUUGUUUGACAGAAUUGUCGCGAGAGGUCAUUACACUGAAAGAGCUGCAGCCGCAGUCACAAAGACCAUUGUCGAGGUUGUGCAGAUGUGUCAUAAACAGGGGGUGAUGCAUAGAGAUCUAAAACCUGAGAACUUUCUGUUCGCGAAUAAAAAGGAGACUGCUCCUUUGAAGGCCAUUGAUUUUGGGCUGUCAGUGUUUUUCAAGCCUGGCGAGAGAUUUACUGAGAUUGUGGGAAGUCCAUAUUACAUGGCUCCUGAAGUGUUGAAACGGAACUACAGCCACGAAAUAGAUGUUUGGAGCGCUGGUGUGAUACUUUACAUAUUACUUUGUGGUGUCCCACCCUUUUGGGCAGAAACUGAACAAGGAGUUGCACAAGCAAUCAUUCGAUCAAAUUUAGAUUUUAAGAGGGAUCCAUGGCCUAAAGUUUCUGAUAAUGCAAAAGAUCUUGUAAGAAAGAUGCUGAACCCAGAUCCCAAGAGUCGCCUCACAGCCCAGGAAGUGCUAGAUCAUCCUUGGCUGCAAAAUGCAAAGACGGCACCCAAUGUGUCUCUGGGUGAUGCUGUAAAAGCAAGGCUCAAGCAGUUCUCUGCAAUGAACAAGCUGAAGAAAAGAGCUCUGAGGGUGGUAGCCGAGCACUUGUCGGUGGAGGAAGCUGCUGGAAUCAAGGAGGGGUUCCAGGUGAUGGACACUAGCAACAAUGGCAAGAUUAACAUCGAUGAGCUGAGAAUUGGCUUGCAGAAACUAGGACAUCAGGUCUCUGAGGCCGAUAUUCAGAUUCUAAUGGAAGCUGGUGAUGUUGAUGGCGACGGAUAUCUGGACUAUGGAGAGUUUGUGACCAUUUCGGUGCACUUAAGAAAAAUCGGGAAUGAUGACCACCUUCGCAAAGCCUUUGAAUUCUUCGACCGAAACAAAAGUGGGCACAUAGAGAUUGAAGAGUUGCGUGAAGCUCUGGCAGACGAUGUUGAUGCAAACAGCGAAGAAGUUAUCAGCGCCAUAAUACGAGAUGUUGACACAGACAAGGAUGGUAAAAUAAGCUACGAGGAGUUUGCGGCUAUGAUGAAAGCUGGUACAGAUUGGAGGAAGGCAUCCAGACAGUACUCGCGAGAACGGUUCACCAACUUGAGCAUGAAACUAAUGAAGGAUGGAUCGUUGCAGGUGACCGAGGUAUGAUGGCGAAACCGAUCACCAUUCCUGACGGAAACCAACCUGGGGAUUCUUUUCUUUCUUCAUCAGGAUCUUGUUUGUUUAUUCAUUCAGCUCAUUAUAAGUUUUCUAUACUUGCUGGGUGGAUGCGAUCGUUCCUACUUCAGUAAAUGUUUUGUGGUUCUUGUUCCUCAUUUUCUCAAGGCAAGGAUUUGUAGGACAUGAAAACGAGAGUGAAAAGGGAUGAAAUGAGGGAGUAUUCGGUUUUAUUGAUAUAUUUGGUGUAAAUAUGCUAUGAAAAAUCGAGGCAAGUACCAUAUAUGCAAAUUUGUGUCACAACUCGUAACUCGUAAGCGCUUAAUGAGUGUGU